CCCCGCGGCGCCUCUGAUUGGCUGUCCGCGCGUGGGCGGGUUCUCGGCAGCCAAUCAGAAGGUCAGAAGGCUGUAGGCGUCCGGGCCCUGGGAAGUGGUCCCUGUCGCAACCGUGUCCCGGAGCCCGAGAACUUGCACCCUUGCCUCACCUUUUCCACCUUUGUACCUACUGACGUAGGAAAGUGUUCGUUACAUGAAAGAGUUAUCGUCUUAGCCUCCUGCGCUAAACUGCGAACCUCUCGAGGACGGGGACCAGCUGAUUCGGUCCUUGCUCAGCAGGACGCCAGUGAAUACCGGAGGGUUCCUGCGCCCGGGGACGGUGCAAAGUUUCUGAAGACCAAACGAUAAAUCAAACGUAGGAGUUAUUGGCUGAGUGCCUCUAAGCGGGUUAAAUAUGUGGGUAAAAGUCACACAUUUAUUGUUACUGAUCCCACAAGCUUUCAUGGAGUGUCUGCUGUGUGCAGGUUUGGGGGGGGCGGUGCAAGAGGGGCGGACACAAAACAUGUGUCUCUGUCUGCAUCCCAGCUCCUAGACCGGAUGUUUACAUUCAGUGUGUUCCUACUCUUCAUGUUACAGCCAAGGAGACGGAGUCCAGCAAAGAACCUUGUCCUAACAUACACACGCAGGCUAAGAAGACCACCUGGAUCCCCAAGACCUGUUGAAGGAGAUGGGGAAAUCUAAUUUGAACGUGGGCAUGGGAUGUGACUUGGAGGGAAUAAGACAGCCCUGGUCUGUGUCCAGGAAAAGCACAGCGUCCACCGAGAAACACAGUGCAGAUACCUGGCAGUGAUGGUAUUUUUCAAAUGACAUUUUGAUUAAGGUGUAAAAUUCUGAGAUCAAAUCACCAUAAGCAGACUUUUCAAGGAAAUGGCCCAGAACCCGGUUCAUGCUCUCAGGAGGGAAACUGGUGGAGCAGUUUCUCUGGAGAAUGCUGUUGGUGGGCUGCAGGGAGAGUUGGAAGUCCUGUCCUCUAUCCCCAACCCCAGUGAGGGAUCUUCAAAGAGACCCUUCAGAGAGCUUGCUAUAUCUCCUGUAGGUGGGCCAAUGGUGGCCUGAGGUGAACGGAUUGGCUGCUUCCAUGGCAGAGCCAGGAGAUGUGGCUGCAUUGGGUCUGACUACCUCCCAGAGUUUGCAGGGACCAAGGAUGGGCCUGCCUCCUAAGAUCCAGAUGUGAGCCAGCAGGAAGACAGUCAGCAAGGAAUCAUCAGAUCCUGCCUAAGAGAGCCAACUGUGUGGGUAAGGAGACCUCAUUUGAGAGAUCUUGGAGGUGGCCCACCAGGGCCGAUGAGGGGAAUGCGAGUGACCCCCUGGAACAGAGGGGUUCUCAGCCUGGUUGUGGAAACUCAGGGGAAAGGUCUCCAUAAUGGGAAACUCCAGAGUUGUACAAAAACUCCCAUGAGAGAGGGAGGAAGAGAAAGAGGAAGGGUGCAAAAUAGAGAGCUCUAAGCACCUGCCAGCCCAGAGAGCCUGAAGCUAGCAUCCACUGUGGCAUCAACUCCAUUAGGAGCUGUCUUAUCACCUUGGCGCCUCCUGCCCUGGCAUUCCACCAGCAGCUCAGGGAAGAGGUGUGGGGAGAAGAGGCCAACCUCAUUCCUCCUUUCCCAGGGCACACUUCCAGCUAAAGAGGCCCAGGCCGGGUAGGGGAGAAGAUUUUGAUACUGGCUAAGCUAACUUUGACUUUUGCAUUAAUAUUCUGGAUGGUACCUUCAGUUACUGAAUGGAGACUGUCUUCAAAUGAUUCUAGGACUGAAUGUCACCUAAGAGGGAGCAGAAAGUCAUGGGUCUGCUGGGUUGUGUUUUUUAUCCAGAGAGGGGAAUGAUUCCCACUGUGAGUACAUAUGAAAGGAGUGGUGGAAGAAAAAUAAAUGAAGUUGCAUUUGAUUACCGUCAGAGCUGUGCUUGUUCAAAACACUUUGGGAAAAGACCGUCAGUGCAGAUGGAAACUGCCUGGCUCGAGGACUGUCCGACGCCCUCUCUCUCUGCAUGGCCUGCAGCUGCCCUCCUGCCCUCUGCACACGACCGGCCUUCCUAGCAGCUCGGUGGAGCUACCGGCCUCAAAUCCUCCCAGUAAAUGAAGAAACUCGGGAGACAGCAUGUGACCCCUCCUGGUGACACUUGAGCGGUAAGAAGUGCAAGACAGCCUAGGCAGGUCUAUAUUUGGACUUUCACACAUGGCAGGCCUGUUGCUAUUUGCAGCGGGAGCCGGCUCAUGUUACCGUCAUCUUCCGCGCCCCAGUGGCAGAGCCCCUGCUGUAAGCCAGGCAGGGGCAGCCUUCGGGGCACGCACAGGUAACCUGGAGGGAAAUCCUCAGUUCUCUAGCCGUUCUCCAGAGGCCUGGGAAUAAAGGAAGAACCCACGGACCCUUAAAUCAGCAGGCCCCGGACGCCCUGUAGGAGCCGCGUGGGAGGAACUCGGCAGGUGCAGAGCCGCCAUGGACCGGGAGGCCGCGGGGGCUCCCCCAGACUUCCACUUCUACCCCCUGGAUCUGUAUGACUCUGAAGACCAGCUGCACCUCUUCCCAGAAGAACACACGCGGACGGGAAGAGACGUGCACGCCGAGAUGAGCAGUGAGCCCGGGGAGGCGGCCGCAGGUAAGGCCCAGAGGGACCUGGAGGAGGAGGUGGACGAGCUUGUCCACUUGUACGCGCUCAGAGGUGCUGGCGAGUGGGGCGCCGAGCUCGUGGACGGAAGCGCGCCCCACAUGGAGGUUUUGGACCAUCAGCCGCAGCUGGCCGCGGCCGGGGCGCAGAGGGACUGGCGACUGGGGGUCGAGGCCGAGGACCACGGCUACGCGGGCUGGGGCGCUGCCGGCCACAGCCGGGAGCUGCGAGAGGCCUACAGGUACGCGCAUGGCCGAGCCAGCGAGGAGUACGAGUGCUACGUCAUCCCCGAGGAGGAGGACGAGGACGAAGCCGCCCUGGUCCUCUGCGUCACCUGCAAAGCUCCAGUAAGGGCGGUGGAGGUUUCUGACGAGCACAGAGAGCACGAGGUGAUCCCACUGAGCAAGGCACUGCAGAGUGCCAAGGAUGAAAUCCACAAAAACAUGUUCAAACUGGAAAAGCAGAUUAUCGAGAUGGAGAAUUUUGCAAAUCACUUGGAGGAAGUUUUCAUCACGGUGGAGGAGAACUUCGGAAGACAAGAACAGAACUUUGAGUCACAUUACAACGAGAUCUUGGAAACACUCGCUCAGAAAUAUGAAGAAAAGAUACAAGCUCUAGGGGAGAAAAAGAAAGCAAAGUUGGAAGCCUUGUAUGGACAGCUUGUCAGCUGUGGGGAAAACCUCGACACCUGUAAGGAACUCAUGGAAACCAUAGAGGAGAUGUGCCAUGAGGAGAAGGUUGACUUCAUCAAGGAUGCCGUGGCUAUGGCUGACAGACUUGGGAAAUUCUUGAAUACAGAAACAGACGUGGAGAUCUCUACACAGCCUGACUUUGAAGACCAGACUCUGGACUUCUCUGAUGUGGAACAGCUAAUGGGCUCCAUUAACACCAUCCCAGCUCCUUCUGCUCCAGUGAUAAACCCCCAGGCCCCCAACUCCGCCACGGGGUCCUCCGUCCGAGUGUGCUGGAGUCUGUACUCCGAUGACAACGUGGAGAGCUAUCAGCUGUCCUACCGGCCAGUGCAGGACAGCUCGCCUGGGAAGGACCAAGCAGAGUUUACAAUGACUGUCAAAGAAACCUACUGCUCAGUGACAGAUCUUGUGCCAAAUACCCAGUAUGAAUUUUGGGUCACAGCUCAAAACAGGGCCGGCCCCAGCCCUGCCAGUGAGCGUGCGGUGUACAUGACAGCGCCUUGCCCUCCCGUUAUAAAAAGCAAAGAGAUACGAAGCUGUGAAGAGGCCGCACUCAUCUGCUGGGAUUCUGGAAACCUGAAUCCCGUGGACUCGUACACGGUGGAGCUGACCCAGGCGGAAACACCGGAAGCGUCGGGCAUAACUGAGUCGGUUGUGGGCAUCCCAGCCUGCGAGGCCCUGGUGCAGCUGCAGCCCAGACAGAGCUACACAAUCUAUGUGCGAGCCCUCAACGUGGGGGGCCCCAGUGCAAGGAGCGACCCCAUGACAGUCCACACCACAGGCAGCUGCUUUCACCUGAACCAGCACAGCCGCCAUCCCUGGCUGACCAUUUCCGAAGACGGGUUUACCGUCACGCGCAGCGGAAGGAAAACCGAGAAGGAGCUGCCCCCUAGCAACACGCGGUUUACCAGGUGUGUUGCUGUCAUGGGGAAUCUAAUUCCGAUCCGAGGGCGCCACUACUGGGAAGUGGAGGUGGACGAGCUUGCCGACUACACGGUGGGCGUGGCCUUUGAAGAUGUCCCUAAGCAGGAGGACCUGGGAGCAAACUGCCUGUCUUGGUGCAUGAGGCACAAGUUCGCAUCAUCCAGGCAUAGAUAUGAGUUCCUGCACAGUAAGAGGACUCCAGAUAUAAGAAUAACAGUGUCCCCACGGAAGAUUGGCAUUCUCUUGGACUAUGAAAAUUCCAAACUGUCAUUUUUCAACGUGGACAUUUCUCAGCACCUCUACACGUUCAGCUGCCAGCUCCACGGAUUCGUGCAUCCCUGUUUUUCUUUGGAAAAGCCUGGGUGUCUGAAGAUAUGUAAUGGCAUUGCAAUGCCAAAGCAUGUCACUUUCUAUUAGACCCUUCUGAUACCCGGCUUCGUGUCUCUCUUCCAUACCCACCCCUCUCGGCCACUCACCCCUCAGCCGGUCGGACCGGGCAUUCGAGCACCACGCACCCAGCACAGUUCAUGGCUCACGUUCUCCUCUGGCGGCCUGCUGUGCUGACGCUCGUUUCACCGGACCUGGAGUCUAGCCCUGUGCACUGCCGCCUGUGUGAUGUUAGGUUAGACAUUUCCAGGCCCGGCUGUCGCAUGAGGGCUCGGCCAACAUGAAUUCAGACGUUAUCAAGUGGUCAAACUGCACUGGUCUAUUUGUUUAUAGGCAAAGUAUCUGACUCUCCAAGGCCUACAGAGCUUGGGAUGAGGGGCAGGGGACAGGGAGGAGAGGAUGUGUUGGUGGCCGCAGCACACCAGUGCCGCGUCGCCAGCAGCCGGGACAGACCUGAGAUGGCGAGGUGCUGUCCACAAAGAGAAGCAGGGAAGCCACGUGCCUUCCCCUCUCCCGUUUUCCCAGCAGUUAAUGGCACUGUGAUGAGGGGUCUCCCACUGAGCACUCUGUGGCACCCUGUUCCUCUCCUUCACAGAACUUAGCCCACUCCAACUUUGGAAUGACCCCUGCCUAUGCCCAAUUCCAUGAAGGCUGGGACAGCAACUCUCUCGUUCAUCAUCCAGUCCCUAAGGGCUAACACAUAACGAACAGGUACACACCACACACACAACAAAUUUGUAUCUUCCUCAUCGAGCCACCACUCCUGGGCUCUCCCGGCUCUCCGGGGAGGGACGGUGGGGCUCUUUCAAAACUGCAGUGAAGGACGAGUGGCCAGGAGAUGGAGACAACAUGGAGGGGAGGCGGUAUCAAGGCACAGAAGGGCCCCUGCAGCUCGAUGGCAAGACUGGGGAAAGGGAACACUCCGUACUACUGCACACGUCGUGUCACCAAGCAGCAUCCACGUAAAUGUGGCACUUCCACUGCAUCAGAGAGGGGGCGGGGGAAUAAACCAGGAAAAACAGGCAUCAGCGGCAACUGACCCUAGGAACAGUCCCAUAGAGAGAACCAGAUUUGCAAUCAGAAGACCUGCGCUUGAUGGCUACUCUGUAGCUGCUUUGCCCUCAACCCUAGACAAGUCCCACCAUCUUCAAGAGCUCCUGUUUCCCUUUAAACAAAGAAAAAAUAGGCUCGUCUCACGGGACUGGAAGAUUUAACGAUGAACACGAGUGCACACAGUACAGGGCAUGCAGCAAAUGCACGGCAGUUUCUGAAAAGGAGACACAGCCCACCAAGGCCCAAGCUCAGCACUGGUGGGCGAAGUGGUCUCCCCACCAGCAGCUCUGGGACCUCCUGCCCGGCUGCUCUCAUGCCAGCCUGCCACCACAGCACGCGGCCCCGCUGGCUGCGUUCCCGGUCCUGCGGCCCAGGUCUCCGGUUGUCCUUUAAAGCUCUGCACACGGCACCUUCCAGCCUGCAAGUCAAGAUGCAAGAUGCAGAGUAAUGACUCCAUCUGUGAAGCAAUUCUCAGAGACCGUUUAUAUUCUGUCCCGGGGAUGCCUCUCUAAAGAGACAUGCCCCUCAUCUCCUCACUUAAGGUUCUGGGUGAACUGAAAGCUCCGUGACUCUAAAACCUUCGUGUUUUCCAGCACACUCUGAGCCUGACACAAUGAACACUUCCUCUGUCUCCUAACUCCGCCUGUUGAUAUUAACAGCAGGUCCGAUUCCUGAAUUAACGACUCACCUUGACAGUCUUCCAGCUCCACACACACACACACACACACAAACACACGCAUACACACAAAACAC